CAGGCAAAGAAGAAAUUCUGUUGAAAUGUCUGUGUUCCAACCAGGAUUUGUAGGUAAGCCAUCUGGCUUAUCAGAAAUGUUCUCUACUGAUGCUCAUAGUUAUUAUUCUGAACAUGUUCCAAAAGAUGCUGACAUUAUUGUAGCAUAUGCAACAACACCAGGAUAUAUAUCAAUUCGAAAUAUUCAUGAAGGAGCAUUUUUCAUAAGAGCUUUCGUGUCUGUUGCCAAGAAUAAAUACAAUGAGGAACAUAUCGAGGAGAUAUUAAGAAAUGUGAGAAGUGAAUUAGCUACGAAUCCAGAAUAUGCACCACAAUCUGGAAGCUUGGCAGGAAAAUGUCAGAUGGGAAUGUUAGAGACUACAUCUACGAAGAAGUUUUUCUUGUAAUGACUUUUUUAUGAAUAAAUGAAACCUUUUUGUUUAUUCAUCAAACAUUGAAAAUAGCGUCUCAACUUUAUUAUAUGUCAACUGAAAUCAACACCAGUCUGUUUGAUUAUAAUAUAUGUUGAUCAGCUUGUCAUUUAGAUACCUGGUUAAGUUAGCAUUGUGACAGGGGAGAGAUAUAACCAUAAAGUCUGAAAUAGAAAGCAGUUCAAAAUUUUCAGAGUUGUUUGUAUAA